AUGGGAGAGCAGGCUACAUCUCCAAUAAUCGAGCGUAUACCAACAUCCAAGUUCAAGUUAAAAUUGAAAUAUGGGGGUUACUUUCGGCUAAUGAAGAAUAGUUGUAGGCAAAUAUAUUGCUUUGGCUCUCAAAAAUGUAUCCACAUAGACACAUUUUUAUAUACAUUUAGUCAACUACAUGAAGAAGUGGUCAAGCGUUAUUCAUUAAAGAACAACCCAAAAUUUUCUAUUUUUUAUGUUGACAAGUAUGCACCAGAAAAGUCCCUUAUUGUGCUUGAUUCUGAUGAAAAGUUCAUGGCUAUGCUUGUCAUAUACGGAAGCGAGAAACAAGUAACCAUUUAUGUGACAACAAAGAAUAACCACGGCUCCAAUAGUCAUACUAACCAUUUUUGUGCCAACAGAGAUGAACCACACGAUGAGUAUGAUGCAGACCUUUUUCCUAGUGAAGAAAGCUAUCAUAGUCAUCUCAGUUCUGAUAAUGAAGACGAUCUAAUGAAUGAUGAUGAAGAAGUUUACUCAUCUAGUAAGAAUAGUAUAAUCAUCAACAAGGGUGGCAAUAAGCACGCCACUCAAGGAUGGAUUGCUAAUGUAGUUACUGACAAGUUGAAAUCUGAUGGGGAGGUCUCUCCACAUGAGCCUAGAAAUUGGAUUAUGAAAACUUACAAUGUUGAUGUGCCAUACCUAAAAGUUUUUAGAGGGAAAGAGCAAGCGUAUACCGACAUGUAUGAAGCUUAUUCUAGAGGGUUUGUUCCUGGUUGUCGUCUGUAUAUUGGUCUUGAUGCUUGUCAUUUAAAAGGAAAGUUCAAUGGUGUACUAGCUGCAGCAACUGGUAUUGACGAAACGUUUAAUUCUUGGAUUGGUAAAUUGUGCUAUAAACCCGUGCUUGAUCUCCUUGAUGCAAGUAAGGAAAAGAUUAUGAAACAGUUUGAUAAGAAAAGAAAUUUGGUGAAUACAUGGAAUGACACAUUGGUUCCUAUUGCUAAAAACAAUCUCAAUGACAUCGCUAAGUUCGAGAUUCCUGUGAUUCGUGAUGAGUAUGCGCGACACAGAGGGGAAGCAGCGACUGGAAGCUUCGGUCGCAACCUAUUGCGACAGUUCGAGAUUCCUGUGAUUCGUGAUGAGUAUGCGCGACACAGAGGGGAAGCAGCGACUAGAAGCCCCGGUCGGAAGUAUCGACAUUGUAACAAUUCGGGAUUCUUGUGUUGA